GAGGGAGCGCCACUCAGGCCGCUGCCUCCCCUGCCCCGCUUUAUCUGCCUGCGCGGCCCGGGAGUGGUCGCGGAAUAUACCGAGAACGAAUUUUUUUUACAGGAAAGAGAGCAGAGCUUCUGCUGCCUCUCCUCGUCCAAGGCUCGAGCUAACAGUCGCCGGCGGCCAUGGUCGCUGCCGUGUCGCCUCCGGGCGCGGCGGGAGCGGCGACGAUCAUCGCCUCUUUCCACGGCACCCACUGCGCGUCCCCGUCCCGCGCCGCGGCGCCCAGGCCGCGGUACCACGGCAGCGCCUGCUGCUUCGCCGCCAAGCCCACGCCGGCGGCCGCGGUGGCGUCCGAGCCGGGCCAGGACCAGGACGUGGAGGACGAGGGGGGUGUCCUCGGCGCCGCCAACGGCGCGGACGCGACGCCGUCCACGCGGAAGAAGCGCCGGGCCCGGAAGGGCAAGAGGUCGGCGGCCGCGCUGCAGCAGGAGGCGGCGGAGGAGGAGGCCAGGAGGAAAGCCGAGGAGGAGGAGGCGGCGGCCAAGAAGAAGAAGGCGGAGGAGGAGAGCCGGGCGGCCUCGCUGGACCUGGACGAGGUCAUGGCCGUGAGCCCCGUGGGGCUGGGCCGGCGCUCGCGGCAGCUGUUCGACGAGGUGUGGCGCAAGUUCUCGCGCCUGGGCCAGAUGUCCAGCGCCUCCGCCACCGAGGCGCUCGCCGAGGCGGAGCAGGCCGUGCUCAGCCGCGGCGGGCCCAUGUGCGAGUUCACCGUCCCCGGCGCCCAGGACACCACCGUCCUCGUCGUCGGCGCCACCAGCCGCAUCGGCCGCAUCGUCGUCCGCAAGCUCAUGCUCCGAGGAUACAAUGUCAAGGCUUUAGUUAGAAGGGACGAUGCCGAUGUGAUCGACAUGCUUCCGAGAUCGGUGGACAUCGCUGUUGGCGAUGUUGGUGACCCUUUGGCUGUGCAAUCGGCCGUGUCAGGUUGCAGCAAGAUUAUCUAUUGUGCCACUGCGCGCUCAACCAUUACCGGGGACCUCAACAGAGUUGAUAACCAAGGAGUCAGGAAUGUCAGCAAGGCUUUCCAGGAUUACUACAAUGAGAUGGCUCAGCUCAGGGCUGGUAAAAGCAGCAAGAGCAAACUUUUGAUAGCAAAAUUCAAAUCUGCCAAGUCUCUGAAGGGCUGGGAGGUGAACCAGGGAUCUUACUUCCCGAAUGCCUAUGCUUCUGGUUCUAUGUUCGAUGAAGGUAUCGAUGCAUCAUUUGACUUUUCAGAAGGUGGCCAGGCUGUUUUUGCAGGAUUUGUUUUUACAAGAGGUGGAUAUGUCGAGAUAUCAAAGAGGCUAUCUCUCCCUUUAGGUUCCACCCUAGACAGGUACGAUGGCUUGCUUCUUUCAGUGGGAGGAAAUGGAAGAUCAUAUGUUGUUAUUCUUGAGACUGGUCCAUUGGCUGACACCUCCCAGAGUAAGAAGUAUUUUGCUCGGAUGACUACAAAAGUAGGCUUUUGUAGGGUAAGAGUACCUUUCUCGGCUUUCCGUCCAGUAAAACCAGAAGAUCCUCCCCUAGACCCUUUUCUUGUGCAUACCUUCACCAUUAGGUUUGAACCAAAAAGGCAGAGACCUGGUGAUGGAACCCAAGGUGCCACUGACCCCAGAAAUUUUGAGCUGAUACUGGAGUACAUCAAAGCUUUGCCUACCGGUCAAGAAACAGACUUCAUACUGGUCUCAUGCACAGGUUCCGGAAUUGAACCGAACAGAAGAGAACAAGUUCUCAAAGCAAAGAAGGCUGGAGAGGAUGCGCUGAGAAGGUCAGGCCUUGGAUACACAAUUGUACGGCCUGGUCCACUGCAGGAAGAACCUGGCGGUCAGCGUGCACUGAUCUUUGAUCAAGGAAACAGAAUCUCUCAGGCUAUCAGCUGUGCGGAUGUAGCAGAUAUCUGUGUCAAAGCAUUGCAUGAUUCCACGGCGAGAAACAAAAGUUUUGAUGUAUGCUAUGAGUAUGUUUCUGAGCAAGGGAAUGAACUGUAUGAACUUGUGGCUCAUUUGCCAGAUAAGGCUAACAACUAUCUUACACCGGCACUAUCGGUUCUAGAGAAAAACACCUAAUUCAGAUUUGUGUCAUAUACGGGUCGUAAUGUGUAUACCCUUCCUCUUGUAAAGUUACAUGUUUUCCUCAUAGAAGCCUUGUGGAAUUCACACGACAAGCCCUUUUUUCUUGUAAAGUUCAUCGAUGGGAUCACUUCACAGAACAAAUUCGGCCACUGUAAUGGUAUAUUCUCUUGUUUCUACUCUUUCUCCUCUGAGAAUGUAAGCUUGCAGAGUUUCAGCAAAACGAAGAAGAAACAAGAUUCAAGUAGAAAUGAAAGAAUAGCCUUUGAAGCUCA